CCUUGAGUGGUAGAUGCUCAAAAAAGUGGCAGAUCUACCACAAUGUGGUAAAAGUCCGAUCACUGCACCGGCAUUUCUCCGCUGCCUUCGCUAACCAGCGUUGCCGUUUUCUAAUUCUCGAGCGGAGUGAAAAGAACCAAAAGUGUGGAGUGUUUUUGGGUUUUUUCGCAGUGUCAAAAACUUUUAAGAUAUGUACUAUAUGCCGUAUUUUGGUUUCUAUUGCGAUUUCCGGCAGACUGUUUCAUUAAUAACUAAAAAUGCAAUGCGGUAGUGCUAUGCAUACAGCUGUUUGCUAACAAUUUGUGCCAACGCCGUUGAAUCCGCUGAUGAUUUUAAAAAGUUAAUUGUUUCCCUUUGAAUGUGUAAAUUCUUGAGUGGAGAUGUAAAAAAUAUCUGUAAUUUUGUCCCGGCUAAAAUGAGUGAAUUGCAGGAAAGAGUCAAAAACGCGAUUGCUAUUUUAUGGACGAAUGAAUUUUAAACAAAGAAUUUAAGCCGUGGCUGCUUGAGGAAGACGCAAUUUUUACCAACUUCAAACUACAAUGACAACGUGAACUGUGUCGAACUGCAGAAUAUUUCAUAAUAUAUUAAUCAAAAAACAGCAACAACAACAUUUUUGUGUCAAAAAAUACAAGAUAUUGAGUGCAAAUUAUAACAAACACCAACUUGUUUUCGUAAGUUCGUAAUGAAAAAUAGAGGCAGGCUGAAAAGUGCAUCGCCAGCAAUUCAAAACAGCAGCCCCAUCUCCCCCAGAACUAAUACCAACUCUGAGUUUAACAUCAGAAACACCUGCAACAGUCCCAUUCCCAUCAUUAGUAGCGCGGCAAAUGGUACCACUAAUAGCAGUAUCACCAGCGGAAACGGAAGUGGAAAUGUCAACGAUGGCGUAAGCAGCAUUUCCAGCAGCCCUGUGGACAUUGAGAAAGGCACUGGCAAUCUGACAUUGACAAGAGCAAUGCAACUUCACAAAUCCAACGUGCAAAACUCGUCGCCCAACAGUUUCAACACCACAAAUGGCCAUCAGCCCUAUCCGUCGAUAACGUCCACAUAUUGGCUGCCGCCGCCAAAUACGGCGCCAUAUUUAGUUCCAGAGCGCAAACUUUUCGUUGGCAUGUUGAACAAAAAAUACAAUGAAGCAGAUGUCAGGCAGUUGUUCACAGGCCACGGCACCAUCGAGGAGUGUACAGUGCUUCGCGAUCAGAAUGGGCAGAGCAAAGGCUGUGCCUUUGUGACGUUUGCAACGAAGCACAAUGCCAUUGGAGCAAUUAAGACUCUGCACCAAAGCCGAACCAUGGAAGGCUGCUCGGCACCAUUGGUUGUUAAAUUCGCCGACACACAAAAAGAGAAAGACCAAAAGAAAAUACAACAGAUGCAAGCGAGUAUUGUUGGGAUAACCGCACUGACGUCGCCAACUACAGGAGCCAUCGCCGGUCUAGCUUCCGCGCAUCCCAAUGGUUUUCUCCCGACUACUGCUGCCGCUUUAGUGCCCAAUCCCAUAUCUGUGACGAAUGCGCGAACCAAUUGUUCUAUGCCAUUAUCAAUGGCGACUGUGGCUGUCGCCAACCCUGCCUCUGCAUUAGUGCCUUCUUCCGCAGCGAUCUCAGUGCCACCAUCGCUACUAACUACUGACAGCCGUCAGCAAACGUCGCCAUACCUGACCACCGCAGAGGCCAUGAAUGUGUCACCUGCACAGUUGCAUAUAUUCCAACAGCUUCAGGCAUUCGGAUUACAUCCUACUCAGUAUUUACAAGGACUAAAUUUCCCACCGGAUCACAGCGUUCCAACCGCAUCUCUAUCGGCCGCUACCGCUGACAAUGGACUACUCUCAACUAGAUCUAUUUCGAUGCAGAAUCUGAUAACUCUAGCAACGCUAGGCGCUCACAAUUAUCCAUCAACACAAUCACUUCAGCCUCACAGUCAUGUAGUCGCUCAAACCCAACAACAGCAGCAGCAAGAUAACAACGGCAUGACGUAUACGCCGCAGGCGAUGCAAUCACACAUGACCCAUCUACUGCAAAUGCCGCCCGCCAUGACUACGCAGCUAACUGGAGUCACCCCUCCCACACUGGGGUCUGCAGGAGAGAGUCUUACUCCGCCUUAUGCAGCAGCGUUAAGCCCCUUGACUAAUGGUAUGGCAUUUACAACUACUGCCUUGCCCCUCUACACCACAGCACAACAGACCACAACAGCUGGAAAACAAGUAGAAGGACCAGAAGGCAGCAAUCUUUUCAUCUAUCAUCUACCCCAAGAAUUCACCGACACUGAUCUCGCAUCCACAUUUCUACCAUUCGGUAAUGUGCUUUCCGCCAAAGUUUUCAUCGACAAACAAACCAAUCUGUCUAAAUGCUUUGGUUUCGUCUCCUACGAUAAUCCCCAUUCGGCCAGUGCAGCCAUUCAAGCCAUGCAUGGUUUCCAUAUCGGAUCCAAACGUUUAAAGGUGCAACAUAAGCGUUCAAAGGACGCAGCAAAGCCAUAUUGAUAUAACGUAUUACAUAAGAAGAAGAAAUCCAGGAUAGCUUAUUUUUAUAAAUAAACCAAAGGAAUAUACCGUCGCUGCGCCAA